ACUGUCACUCGCGUCACUGCCCCAGGACUCAAGCUCUCAUAUCCAAAGCUCCAAACUUUGUUUUUCUAGUUGCUAGAGACCCAAAAACCCAAAGCUUUCAAAUCUUAACCAACUUUUCCUCCUCUCUCUGACCUUAACAACCCUCCCUUAAAUUGCACUCAAGCUUCACCAUUUCACAAUCCAAACAAACCCACCUGACUCUGAUCACCAACAACAUUAACGUCUCACCACAAUUUCCAUGCUAUCAAAAAUCAAACACCCCGACUUCCCCAACCACCCAUCUACAGCUCCAUUCGAUUUUCUGCAUCAAAUCGGCCCAACCCAAUAGUUCAUCUGCGAAAAAGAUCAUUGCUUUACAUUGUUGGACAGUCUAAUUGACCAUGGUGGAGACCUUACCACUAGGGCGGUUCCACCACCAAAGGCUGGACUUGAAGCGCUGGUUUCCGACCUUCUUGUCCUCGCACAAAACCCUCUUCACUCUGCUUUGGAUCGCGGCAUUCGCAUCGGUUUUUGUGUGGCAGAGGAAUAUUGUAGAUGGGUUUUCAAUAUUUAAGCGAGUUCCGGUGAGAGCAGCCAUGCCAAAGCUGAGACCUGUGGCUUUCAAUUUGACUGAUUUUGGGGCAGUGGGUGAUGGGGUUACUUUGAACACUGAGGCCUUCGAGAAGGCUGUGUUGGCUAUUUCCAAGCUGGGCAAAAAAGGCGGUGGUCAGCUCAAUGUGCCUCCUGGGCGCUGGCUUACAGCGCCCUUUAAUCUCACCAGUCACAUGACUCUCUUUCUUGCUGAAGAUGCUGAGAUUCUUGGGAUUCAGGAUGAGAAGUAUUGGCCUUUGAUGCCUCCAUUGCCUUCAUAUGGGUAUGGGAGAGAACAUCCUGGGCCUCGGUAUGGGAGUUUGAUUCAUGGUCAAAACCUUAAAGAUAUUGUUAUAACAGGGCAUAACGGUACCAUAAACGGACAGGGUCAAUCGUGGUGGAAGAAGUACCGGCAGAAGCUUCUGAACCACACUAGGGGUCCACUUGUUCAGAUUAUGUGGUCAAGCAACAUUUUGAUCAGUAAUAUAACUUUGCGUGAUUCUCCUUUUUGGACACUUCAUCCAUAUGACUGCAAAAAUGUUACUGUUAGGAAUGUUACGAUUUUGGCUCCCGUAGUUGAAGCUCCAAAUACUGAUGGAAUAGAUCCUGAUUCAUGUGAGGAUAUGGUGAUUGAGGACUGUUACAUAAGCGUGGGGGAUGAUGGGAUUGCAAUAAAAAGUGGCUGGGAUCAGUAUGGAAUUUCUUACGGACGGCCAUCGAAGAAUAUACUCAUUAGAAAUCUUGUUGUCCGCUCUAUGGUCAGUGCUGGCGUAUCAAUAGGCAGUGAGAUGUCUGGUGGGGUUUCAAAUGUCACGGUAGAGAACCUGCUUGUGUGGAGCUCAAGGCGUGCUGUUCGCAUCAAGACCGCCCCUGGAAGAGGCGGAUAUGUGCGUCACAUAACCUAUCGGAAUCUGACAUUCGACAAUGUCCGAGUUGGAAUUGUUAUCAAGACAGACUACAACGAGCACCCCGAUGAGGGCUAUGAUCCAAAGGCUCUUCCAGUGCUCAAGGACAUAAGCUUCACAAGCGUCCAUGGACAGGGAGUUCGUGUGCCUGUUCGUAUCCAUGGGAGUGAAGAGAUUCCAGUGAGAAAUGUGACUUUUCGGGAUAUGUCAGUAGGUCUAACAUACAAAAAGAAGCACAUUUUUCAAUGUGCCUUCGUUCAAGGUCGCGUAAUAGGGACCAUCUUCCCUGCCCCUUGUGAGAAUCUUGACCGGUAUGAUGAGCAAGGGAAGUUGGUGAAGCACUCGGCAUCCCAGAACAUGACAGACAUAGAUUAUGAUUUUUGACAAGGUAAGAGGUUCUCCAUAUCAAUGGCUCAUAUUUUUGGAGGUCAAUAACUUCAAUGUCUUUAUGAAGCAUCUUGGGAGGAUGAAGAUCGAUGGAGCAGUUUAUGUUGUUUUUACGUUCGUUUUUUUGUGUUUUUUC